UCAAACACGUUGCACUUGCAUAAGAAUAGUGAAACCACCUGCUUACAGAGUUUCAUUUCAAAAUAUUUUUACAUUUGGAGUCUCUCUUUUAACGGUCCCAUCUUUCCUUAAUGGAGAGAUAGAAAAGAGAGAAAGAUUGAUCAGAAAGAAAUAAAUACUAUCAUUCAAUGCACCCAACAACCAUGAAGGAAUGGAAUUCAUUUCUCAAGCAGCAUCCAGUCAUCUACUACAUAAUGGCCCCAUUUCUUUUGUGAUGAGGAUGAAGGUUAUGCACAUAAGAAGAGAGAGAAUGGGAUUUCUUUGCCACAUUCACAUACUCAUGUCCAACAUAGACGUUCUAAAAGUGCAUCUGAAAAGAACUUGGACAUUUCAAGAAACGGAGGUUUGCGUUCCAUCAAAAAGGACCAGUGUACAGCACAUAUGUCACCGCUUUCAACAAAGGCUUAUAGGACAGAAAGUCCUCUCCGUGAAUAUCCUACUUGUACAAAUAAAAAUAUUUCAACAGAUCAUCGAACCUCCUUAGAAAAAGAUAUUGAGCUGCUGCAGCUACGUUUGCAGCAAGAGAAAUCCAUGCGCAUGAUGCUCGAGAGAGCAAUGGGCCGAGUUUCAAGUACUUUAUCUCCUGGACAUAGGCAUUUUGCUACUCAGACAAAGGAGUUAAUUGAAGAGAUUGAGUUAUUGGAAGAAGAGGUUGCGAACCGUGAGCAGCAUGUGCUCUCUUUAUAUAGGAGUAUUUUUGAACAGUGUGUCAGUCGUGCUCCUUCUGAGCAAAACUCAGGUGUGGCUUCUCCUGCUCAUACAAAGAAUGUGUCCAGGAAACACCCUAGUAUAAUUUCAAGUGCAUUCUGCUCCUCAAAAAAGUUCCCUUUACGACCUCUCCAAGCUUUAGUUUCUAUCAAUGAGUCAGGGAAAAGAUCCUCCAAGGCUAGUGAGCCACUAGUAUUAAUUGGGAAAGGCGACAUUCAUUUAGAAAAGACUUCUUUUGACCGCAUCAAGCCUCAUGAAAAGAUUCCAGUAAUGGAGAAAAAUGCAAUGCUGCGAACUCUGAAAGAUCAUCUCUAUCAAUGCCCAAACAAGUUGUCUGAGGAAAUGGUCAGGUGUAUGGCUGCAGUAUAUUGCUGGCUGCGUAGCACAACAUCUGUGACUCCCACAAAAAACAGAUCACCUAUAUUGUCAAGGUCAUCCACAAAUGUUGUACUCCCUAGACGUGGUAUUGGAGAAUACCGAGAUUGGUCCUGCAAGUCCACCGUCGAAAUAUCAUGGAUAUCAACCGAUAAAAGUCAGUUUUCUCGUGCAUCUUAUGCCAUCAAUAACUAUAGAGUUCUAGUGGAGCAACUGGAAAAAGCGACUAUCAGUCAGAUGGAAAAGGAUGCCCAAAUUGCAUUUUGGAUCAAUGUGUACAAUGCCCUUGUUAUGCAUGCAUACUUAGCAUAUGGAAUUCCCCACAGCUCAUUGAGGAGGUUAGCCUUGUUUCAUAAGGCUGCUUAUAACAUUGGUGGUCACAUCAUUAGUGCAAAUGCUGUAGAACAGUCUAUAUUUUGCUUCCGUACACCCCGAGUUGGAAAGUGGCUAGAGACCAUCCUUUCCACCGCGUUGCGGAAAAAAUCUAGCGAAGAAAAGCAACUCAUUAGUUCCAAGUUUGGUCUUUCAGAUUCCCAACCCUUAGUCUGCUUUGCCCUCUGUACUGGAGCUUUUUCUGAUCCUGCGCUACGAGUCUAUACAGCAUCAAGUGUUAAAGAUGAACUGGAGGUUGCCAAAAGAGAGUUUCUUCAAGCAAAUAUAGUUGUGAAGAAGUCAAGGAAGGUGUUUCUACCCCGGUUACUUGAACGUUUUGCAAAAGAGACCUCUAUCAACUCAGAUGAUCUUCUCAAAUGGGUUAUUGAAAAUGUCGAUAAGAAACUCCACGAUUCGAUUCAGAGAUGCACUGAUCGUAAAUCAAGCAAAAAGGCAUCACAAAUCAUAGAAUGGUUACCUUACAGCUCAAGGUUCCAGUAUGUGUUUUCAAAGGAAUUAACAGAGAAGCCAUGGUGGGUAUGAGUAUCUUUUACAAUGCCUUACUUGGAAGGGGACGAAGACAAUGUCCUUAUCACAAGCCAAUGAGUAUUGCUUGGCUGGAGGAGCAAGGGCAUCAAUUCUCGGUACUUGUGAUCCCCAUAUAUUGUUUUAUCUGAUCUUUCACUAGCCCAUGAGUCUAUAAUUCUAACUUUGUUUGCAACCAAUAUAACAUAAAUUGACAUGUGCAUUCUAAAGAGCUCAAUGCCUUUGUUGCAACUUAAUACCUUGUAGAAAAGUGGCAUCCCCUCUACCUCUAGAUCCAAGAGAAUGAUGUCUUUGAAUCUUUAUGUACAUUAAACAUUCUUUUUAUUUGGUCAUUAGAACUUCAGAGAAUUGAAUUAUGGGAAUAGUCUGCACUCUUCCCAUAUUCUAGUAGAACUCAAA